AUGGCUUCGCAACUAGACAAGCUCAGUAGUCUGACUCUACGAAACAAAUCGCGCCGUCGACCACAAAUCAGUGCGCCGCAACCCAUCACCGGCCCGAUCCCGACAGAAAGGAGGCCCUCGGCCGCUCAGCCAGGCAGUGGUGCUACAUCGGAUCUCGUCAAGCGUCGCUACUCUGCUCGAUUCAAUCAAGUCCCCGACUCGACUCUUGAUGCUCCUCCAGUACCGGGUCUUCCGUCGGAUAUACAAGCAUUCAAGAACCGGGAUGGACCGCCCGCUAUCCCUAGUGGGUUCCAAACUGGGCCAGCUGUCGCGCUAGAGGUUGAUCUCAAAGCUUUGAAAGACCCUUCAUUACCGGUUGAGAAAUAUGUGGCAGGACUCCUUGCCAAUGCCUCCGAAGAGGAGAUCCGAGAUUACCAACAAAGCUUACGCAGGGUCAAGAACCGUACAUCGACAGAUCUACAGCAAAACGUGUACCAAAAUCGGACGCAAUUCAUCAAAAUUAGUGAAGAAGCAGAGAAGCUCAAGGGCGAAAUGCGUACCUUGCGUACACUCAUGUCGGAGCUGACUACAACACUAGGGCAGACCCAUGAUGCAACCGGAUCGAAUCAAUUGCAAGCUGCUGAUGAUCGCGCCUCCAAGCGCAGUAACCGAAGCUCUGUCGCAAACCUGGAAAACAUGUGGAACAUCCAACUUCACACAUUAUGGAAAACAGUCGAAGGAUCGCAAAAGUUUCUUCCGGCAAUUCCGGGUAGGCAUAUUGUCCUAGAAAGCGGACACUGGGUAGAGCUCGACUCAGCGACGUGGAAACCACGUCGCCCGGUACAUAUCGUUUUGCUGAAUGACCACUUACUGGUGGCCGCCAAGAAGCGCAAACGGAUUGACCCCAACAGCCCAAGUCAACACCGUGGCCCAGCGCCGACUAAGUUAGUGGCUGAAGAAUGUUGGCAGCUCCAGGAUAUUGAUAUGAUUGAUUUGGGCGCAAAUCUUGGACCCGGUGCAGCACGCGCCGAAGCCGAGCAUAGGGGUGUAGCUCACGCAAUCAACAUUCGCGUCGGCUCACAGUCAUACACAUACCGUUAUGAUCAACGUAACAAUACGGCCAAAAACGAGCUUCUGGCGACUUUCCGCAAGACAGUCGAAGAUCUGCGCAAAACGCUGCGGUCUGAAAUUGAGACUUCAAGCAGAACAGGCGAUGCGCUACGUACUCUUGGUCAGUUGGAAGGGCACCGUAAAUCCGGAAUAUUCGACAACCCCGAGAGCUUCAAAGACAAACCGGAGGUACGGAUCGAUGUGGAUGGUAAACAGCAGAACUUGCGGUGGGUCGAAGGACAAAUCGACGAGCUUGAUAUUGACAUUGCACUGCAACACUUUGAGGAGGCCGUCUCGAGUGUUGAGCGACUAAGGAAGCUCGCUCGAGGUCUAAAAGGAAAUACGUUCGCUCAGGACGUCAUCAACCAGAAAGUCGACGAGCGAGCGACCAACCUCGCCAGCAUUCUGUCUCGUGCAUUAGUCGACAAGCACUCAUUCUUGGUAGCCACAAAGACUCACGUCGGCUGGUUAGCUCGUCUAGGAUUCGAGGAUCGCGCCCGCGAAGCCUACCUCCGCGCCCGAUCAGAAGUCAUCCACAAACGCGCCCGCCAAUGCAUUUUCGAAGGUGAUCUACCACUGUACAUUUUCCAAAUAUGCUUCGUCUACUUCACGCUUGUAAAAAACACCAUCAGUAUAUAUCAACAAUGCUUCCCACCCAUGAUGACCAGCGCCAGCAUCAAAUGGGCAAAGGAGCAUUUGGAUCAGUUCAACGCCAUUCUUGUCAGACAGCUGAGUAGUGUACAGCGCGGAACAAAGAUUUGGCAGAAAUGCAUGGAUACCCUUGACGAACAGGCGGCGUUGUUGACCGAGGUUGGAGUCGAUUUUAGUGAUUUGAUCAAGAGGGGUCUUUUUGAGAUGGAUAAUAAUAAUGGGCAAGGAGGGGGAGCAGGGCUUGGAGAGCCGGGGGAAGCAGAAGCGCAGUGA